GUGCCACAACUUGACAUCAAUCUUCGUCCCAUCCUACUACUAGUGCUGCACUUUCAGCGUAACACACACCCAAAGCUACGAGAUUCAGAGCACAAUUUGAUGGACCCGGACAGGCUACAGUCAAUUCGAAACAGCUUAGAAGAGCUGAUGACGCGACACCCUGCAUGCCAAAUUAUGGACGAUGGUCCCUUCACACUCCCUGCCAGUCACGCAGGUGAAAUCGUACAAGAAUGUUUAAAGAUACAUAAAGCUGGUGAUAUCGAUAAUGAGAGCUUGCUGAAGUAUCAACACGCCGAUAGAGAUUUACAAGCUCAAACUAUCGCUGAUAUCGCAGCAUUGAACAACAAGACCGAAACUCGGCUAACGUGCGAAAGGCUUCUCCGUAUUGUCCUCCAGGCGAAGAUCAUGUUGGGGUCGACACUACCACCUGACUGGGCCAGUGACACGAACCAUAUGAUGAACUCGAUGGUAUACGAGGAUGCGCAAGUAAAGUCGCGAGAAAUCUGUGAUCUGAAGAAAAAAAUAAAAGCCUUGGAAAGCUGGAUCGGAAACAUCGAAGAAAAGAUGUUAGAGUGUAACGAAGACACUGAAUCAAUAAAGCAGAAACAGGGGAGCAUUGUACGAGAUGAGGCAAAGAAUGCCACUGUCGUAGCCAACCUAGAGGGUGAUCUAUGUAGUCUGCAGUCUAACUUGCGAGAACAUCAAGAGCGGUCAGAGCGUCUCAUUUGCAGAAAAUUCACCACCUUAAAAAACCUAUAUAUGCGUCUACAGCAAGUGGAUCUCGGAGUUCUAGCGCAUACCCAGGAAGAAUUCGGCAAGCAUUUGUCAGAAAUGAAAGACCAGAUAUCCAACUUGUCCAACCAGCAAACCUCUAUGACUAGGGAAUCAGAAGUGCUGCGGGACGAAUUGCCUACCACACGCGAUGAUAGGACACUGCAUGAAACAAGAUUAUCUGAUUUGGAGUCCAUUUUCCAUAUAUUGAGAUCUGAUCUCGAUUUUUUGCUCGAAGCUCAUAGGAAGUCCCGUUGCAAUCACGAGAAUAGAGAAGUCCCGCGUCUUCAUCUUCCUGACUUGGAAUUUGAAUAUGCGCCUUACAUAGCUCCCAAGGACACUCCAGUAAGUCACUCAACAAACUAAUCACGGCUCCUCAAUCACUUCUACAGUUUCUAUAGACAUAUAGUUUGGCUUCGGAAACCCCUGAUGGGGCUAUCACACUAACGCUACGAACAGGUAGUAUGAUUCAUAUUCCAGGAGAUGUGAUGGGCAACGCAUCAUCCAUCUCUGACGUCAAGCUAUCCCUCAUAAUAUUGGAGCACUACUAUAGGCUUGCUAUUGGGCUGCUUAUAUGGGCUUGCACGCACCCAAUCCUAAUGCCUUUGUCGCUACUCUCCAUCGCAUUAGUCUUUAUGUUUUUGAUGGGAAUGGGCCUACGGCCUGCUGUGUCACCGUUUGAGGGUGAUCGCCCAAUCUGGCAAAAAAUCCAUGCAGAUAUAUAGAAUAUGCGAAUUUUUAUGUACCACAUUCCACUAGAUUAUAGAUAAGUACUAUAGUACAUGCCAGACCCCUCCAAAAAGUUCGAUUCCUUCGUGCUCACAGACGUCAGGGAUCGCCUCUAGGAUGCAGCCUGUGACUGUAACGGAUAGCGAGUCAACAGCGAGGCGAAUGGGUGCAUGAAAGACAUCCGAGACUUCGGGUGAUUUGGCGAUGCUGAGGGAUCCAGGAUAAUCGUAGGGGAUGUUGAAGGUCAUCCAAAGACGGGCAAGUGUGCUGGUUUUCAUUCCAGUUGUGAACAAUGAAGAGUUGGAGUGUGCAGUUGUAUGAUAAAGGAAAGACCAAAACAGCGCCUCGUCACGAAAGUGAAUGAGGAAAGUUCUGUUCUGGCGCUCGUAGUGUACCACCGAGCCUUGACG